AUGGUGGUUGAAGGCACCAGCGAGGUUCUCCAGGCAGCUCGGGCAUCCUCGGACAUCAACACCCAAACCCUGUACCAAGCCACCCUAGUAGAGCAAGUGAAACGAGUGAAAGAAAUUGAAGCUAUUGAAAGUGACUCCUUUGUUCCCCAGACAUUCAGAUCAAGUAAAGAAGUCAAAAAGUCAGCAGAGCCUCCUGAAGUACCAUACGAACCCGUGACUAUCGGAGCGGGAAGCACGGACGCAUCUGCUCCUGAAAAAGAACCGCCACCUGCCAGUAUUCCUACGGCCAUCAAAUACCAAGAUGAUAAUUCUUUAGCGCAUCCUAACCUGUUCGUGGAGAAGGCAGAAGCAGACGAGAAGUGGUUCCAGAGGCUGAUCGCUCUCCGCCAGGAAAGGCUGAUGGGCAGCCCCGUGGCCUGA